AUGUCGCAGAGCAUAUCAUACGGUCGCGAUGGCUGGGUCCGCAACGAGUCGACUGGUACGAUGUGGCGAUAUAACCCUUCAGACGAUACAAUCAUGCUGCGGGAUGGUCGAACCAUGCCUCGACCGUCCCACAUGACUCGAGAACAAUGUUUGCGCACUACCGCUGCUUACUCCUCAGGUCAGGGGUCGGGGUCUGACGCAUAUGCUCAAGAACCGCGCAGCUCAAGGCCACAACAGACUAAUGCUACUGCUUCAUCGUUGCGCCAUUCCGGUCAGCAUCAAGACUACACCACCGACGUACGCGGCGGCGCAUCGUCCGAGGACAGUGACGCAGAAGAGCACAACGCAGAGGAUGAUAGCGGUGAUGAAGCCGUUGACGAUGGCAACGCUGGCGCUCUCACUCGCAGUACGCAGUAUGCAUCAACGAAUCAGGCCAAUACCAGCCGCCCUGAAAUCAGGCCUAACAUCCGUGGAGACUUGAUUCAGCGACAAGUCGAUCUCACUGGCCUGUCCUAUGUAGAAAUCCUAGUGGCGAAAGGACGCCGUUGUCAAGACAUCCAGUCCAAGGUGGCGCCUUUGCUACAACAGGAUCUGAAUUGGACUAAAAACCUUGCUUUCGCCCGAUUGGAGCUGUGGUACAACAGUUGUCCAGAAGCUACUCGAGGCCAUGAACACCAGGACGAAGACGAAGGCGUGAUUUUGAACACUAUGAGAAGACGCAUUUCACAAGCUAAUAACACGAAUCCGGAGGCAAUCGAACAUUCUAACGGACCCGCACUUUACACAGCUCAUAUUGCCAUGGGACAUCCCAAGGGGCGAUUGAUUCCACUCCUUGCUAAGCUGGAUACUCGGGCCGACAUUAAUACAAUAUCGCCGACGACCCUGACACGCAUGGGCAUGACUAAUGAGCAUACUUCUCCCAGACCUUGUGCCAUCACGCUUGGAGAUGGUCGCAAUUCUGAGGUCACGAAUGGCCUUUACCUGAAGUGGUACGAAGCCGGUGGCGAAGCUUUUCAGGACUGGUUUUAUGUCUUGCCUAACAGCCCUAAUGCUGUGAUUAUCGGUAAUCGUACGUGCCAUGAUAGAGGCCUUGUGGUUCAGGUCAGCAACCCAUUGCAGUCACAAGUGAUGCGUCGAGGUCCUUCGUCAAUGCCAGUGGAGUACUGUCCUCUACAGUUUCCGUCUCUCAAACGAGAAGAGAAACGGAGACAACGAGAGGAGUUUGCGCGGACAGAAGCUGAGAAUGAGAGGUUGCGAAAGGAACGCUUCGACCGCAAAGUGCGCAGUUAUGGCGGUCAGCCAGCUUCGAGCAGUAGUGGCUCUCCUGCGGCAUAUCGAAGCUCACGAAACCCUUGA